UAGCAAAACUAAAUCUUAAAAUAAAUCUUACUAUAUUACAUUUUACAUUAAACAAAUUGAGUAUAUAUAAAUUAAAUUUGUUUUUACCAAUUAAAGUUUAUAUAUAUUGGAUGCAUGCAGGGCAUUAGAGUGGAUGAAGGCGGUGAUAGAAGGGAACCUCAACGGCACAACAUCGAUUGGUCGGAAGCUAAUGGGGACCAAACACUACACCGGCCCGUGCAACGCCACCAACCCAAUCGACCGUUGCUGGCGCUGCCACUCCCACUGGGAAACCAACCGCAAGCGUCUCGCCGACUGCGGCCUCGGGUUCGGCCGCAAAGCCACCGGCGGCAAGAGCGGCAGAUUCUACGUCGUCACCGACCACUCCGACGACUCCACCGACCCCAAGCCCGGCACCCUCCGGCACGCCGUCAUCCAGAAGGAGCCGCUCUGGAUCGUCUUCGCCCGCGACAUGAACAUCCGGCUCCACCAGGAGCUGAUCGUGCAGAGCCACAAGACCAUCGACGGCCGCGGAGCUCAGGUGCACAUCUCCGCCGGUGCGGGAAUCACCCUCCAGUUCGUGAGGAACGUGAUCAUCCACGGCCUCCACAUCCACGACAUCGUGCAGGGGAGCGGCGGCCUGGUGCGGGACGCGGCGGACCACAUCGGGCUCCGGACGGUGAGCGACGGGGACGGGAUCUCGAUCUACGGGUCGUCGGACAUAUGGAUCGACCACGUGUCGAUGAGGAACUGCAAGGACGGGCUGAUCGACGCGAUCGAGGGGUCCACGGGGAUCACGAUCUCCAACGGCCACUUCACGGACCACAACGAGGUGAUGCUGUUCGGGGCCAGGGACAGCUCCUCCGUCGACCGGAUCAUGCAGAUCACGGUGGCGUUCAACCACUUCGGGAAGAGGCUGGUGCAGAGGAUGCCGCGGUGCCGGUGGGGGUAUAUUCACGUCGUCAACAACGAUUACACCCACUGGAACAUGUACGCCAUCGGCGGCAGCCAGCACCCCACCAUCAUCAGCCAGGGAAACCGUUUCAUUGCCCCUCCUGAUCAGUUCAAGAAAGAGGUGACGAAGAGGGAUUAUGCGACGGAGGGAGAGUGGAGGCAAUGGACGUGGAGGUCGCAGGGAGAUCUGUUCAUGAACGGGGCGUUCUUUGUGGAGUCCGGAGACCCGAAUUUCUCGCGGAAGCACCCGAAUCUGUACGACGGCAUAGCUCCUUUCAAGGGAGAGGAAGUGACUUGGUUGACCAGAUUCGCAGGCGCUUUGAAUUGCCGCCCCGGUCGUAGUUGCUGAUGAUGAUCACAAGGAACUCUGUUUAUAUGUAAAAUCUCUACCAAAUGUAGAUAAAAAGAAUAUAAGAAAUCUUGUAAUUCUAC